AUGGAAGGUGGUGGGUUGAAAUUCUUGGCUCUACUGAUUGUUGUGGUGGUCUUGAUGGGUGCACCAGACCCAACACUAGGUGUUGAAAUUCUUGACUCUAGUGAGUGUUCUCAACCUGACUGCACCAACAAAUGCACAGAGGCCUAUGGGGACAUGCUUAUUUCUGCUACAUGUGAAAACGUACCUCUUAUAAGCGAAAAGCUAAUUUGUGUGUGUAAGCUUAAAUAA